AUGUCUGUGUGUAAGCAGGUUUGGUACCAGGAGAGUGCUAGUCGAGGUGAGGCCCAGGAGUCUCUCAUGACCCAGCCUAUAGGAUCCUUUCUGAUCAGGGGCAGCCAGAGCUCCCCAGGAGAUUUCUCCAUAUCCGUUAGACACGAGGCAGACGUGCAGCACUUCAAGGUGCUGGCAGACACCAGAGGGCAGUAUUACCUCUGGUCUGAGAAGUUUAGCUCCUUCAACGAGCUGGUGAACUAUUACAUGAACAACUCUGUCUCUAAACACAGCCGCAUUUAUCUGCUGGACACAGAAACACAGGAGAAGGGAUUUGGCCAGACCAGGACAUCAGCCCCAUCCUCUCAGCCCCAGCCUCACCUGCCCCUGCCCAGCAUACCCCAGCCUCACCUGCCCCCCAGCCCCCAUCCUCACCUCUCCUGCCCCUGCCCCAGCCUCACCUGCCCCCAGCAUGCCCCAGCCUACCCCAGCCUCACCUGCCCCAGCCCCAGCCUCACCUGCCCCUGCCCAGCAUACCCCAGCCUCACCAUCUCCUGCCCCGUGUACCCCAGCCUCAACAACCCCUGCCCCGCACCCUAUACCCCCACCACAGGUAGUAUACUCUCUACAACCAAAUCCCUUCGUGCGGCCGUGACCACGGGGGGCGGUGGUCUGAUGCAGGUGAGAGCUCAGUAUGACUUCAACGCCGAGGAGAAGGACGAGCUGAGCUUUAAGGCCGGGGACAUCAUCGAGGUGCUGGAGUGUUCCGACAUGUCAUGGUGGAAAGGGAGACUGAGGGGACAAGCGGGAGUGUUCCCUUCCAACUACACCAACCCUGUAUGA